AUGGCUUCAACGACAAGUGGAAAGAUCGCUGAAUUUCGUCGUUUGUUAGCCAAUGCUCGUUCUGUUCUUGUCUUAACCGGUGCAGGAGUAUCAGCUGAAUCUGGUGUUCCAACAUUUCGUGGUAGUGGUGGUCUUUGGAGACAAUAUCGAGCAACAGAUUUAGCAACUCUAACAGCUUUUAAUCGUUCACCUUCUCUUGUUUGGGAAUUUUAUCAUUAUCGAAGAGAAGUUGUUCGAACAAAACAACCAAAUAAGGCUCAUAUAGCAUUAGCAGAAGCAGAAAAAAGAUUUGAAAAAGAAGGAAAACGGUUUAAUGUUAUAACACAAAAUGUUGAUGGUCUUCAUCGGAAAGCUGGAUCAAAAAAUUUAAUUGAAAUGCAUGGAAAUCUUUUUGUGGUUCGAUGUACUUCAUGUAAUUUUAUUGAAGAAAAUACAUCCAGUCCGAUUUGUGAAUCAUUAAGAAAUCGAGGUUUGCCAGAUGAAAAUGGUCCUGAAAUCGAUGAAAAAGAUUUGCCACAUUGUCGAAAAUGUAGAUCUCUUCUUCGUCCUCAUAUUGUUUGGUUUGGUGAACAAAUUUGGAAUGAUGUUUUAGAAAAGAUCGAAAAAGAAAUUCAAUUAUGUGAUUUAUUUUUAGUUGUUGGAACAUCAUCUGUUGUUUAUCCAGCAGCUGGUUAUGCAUCACUUCUUUCUGAAAGAAGUAUUCUUGUUGCUGAAAUAAAUAUUGAAACAACACCUUCAACUUCUAUUGCAAAUUAUCAUUUUCAUGGUCCUGCUGCACAAAUUCUCCCACAAUUAUUAUCAACAAAUGUUAAUUAA